UUAAAGGUUAAAGAUAACCAUGUUAUAAAUUAUGCUGACCUUAGAUGAGCUACCUGAGUUGACAUCAAAUACUUAAACAUCAACAGGUGUACAUUGCAUAUCAUAAUGAUUUAGCCAAACAGCACACCAAUUACCUGUCAGCCAGUUAUCAGCCAUGACAUGAUUCCAUCUCUCAGCCCAUCAUGCCACUGGCAAAAGUGAGGUGCAACAGGUGUGCCUACAACAUCCACAGGUAAGGACCACAGACAUGGUUCUGUCAUUAUUGAUUCCUAUAACCCAUGGCUAUCAAACUGAUCAACUUUGUAAGAUCAGCCCACCCUUCUUCCAUUGGUUGAGCUGCACUAUGCAAUAUGUAAAUGAGACAACGUCACUUCCUGUCUUCCUGUGCGCCAUGUUUUUCAGCAGGAGUAAGGGUGAUGUUUAACUGAGGUACAAUUAAAAGUGAGCAAAUCUUGUGGACGGUUUAAAUUUCAGCAUACGAUCGCGGAUGUGAUAAGGACGGCGGAUCGAGCGCAACUCGGAUGCCGCGGACUAUGAAGUAGCAGAUUCAAUACCGCGCGCCAUCCAGUGACGCCGGAAGAAUCGGACGGACCUCCAUCCACUCAAACGGCAGCGUUGUGCCAGAAUAUUGAAGUUGUCACUCACAGGACCAGCAAAAUGUAUCAAAUUCCGGUUAAGAACCUGACAAAACUCAGACGACCAAGAAAACGGGUCAAAAGCAUUCUGUGUGACAUUGGGAUGCAGCAGUGUCAAGAUCUGAUAGAGACAUACAAAGAUUUUGAUGCCGGGGAAGCAAGUUUCAACAACACAGAAUGGGACAAUUUCACCGAUGGUCAUGCUGGCAGAAAAAGAAAAAAGUAUCCAUACCGGAGCCAGGCAUUGUGCUGCAGUCUCUGCUGGUACUCCAGCCGGUCCGUGCCAACGUUCAGAAGUCAUAUUCAUCGCUGCCAUGGGGAGGAGCUGGACCUGGCCUGUCUGUUAAUAUGCCCCCACUGCUCUUUUGUUAGCACCCCGAAAGUAACAGAUCAACACAUUAAGUUUUUUCACACCCUGCCAUCAAAAGGCCGGCCCAUAGCUAUUCAAAACAUCCCUAGACACACUUUGGCCCACGCCCCCAAAACUGUAUCCGUUACAGUCUCUGCUGAUGCAGCCGACGACCGAUACAUAUGUGCAACUUGUGGCUAUCACGACUCUUUACUGUAUGUGAUGAAAAAGCAUGUCUUAGUUAACCACUAUGCUACAAUGUUGGACCGUUACUUCGGGCUUGGCUCAGAUAGUACACAAAAGAAGGAGGGCGAGAAAACACGGGAUGUCACUUCUGUAAAAUAUCACUGUAAAAUGUGCAAGCUGCCAGCCGAAACCAUUGAGCAUCUACUUUAUCACAUUUUGAGUUCGGAGAAGCACAAAGACCUGCACUGGCAGAUAAUGCCUUCCAUAAUCGAAAAGAGCUGCACAAGCCAAUUUGCUAGACAACAGAAUCUGCUAAGCCUCACGCCGAAAGCGAUGCAGCAGGUCACUCUGGUUGCGAGACCAAACUACUUACAACAGCAAUCGCAGCAAACAAACGGAAACGGCAUCCAAGCCUCCAAGCCUAAUGGCACCGUAGUCAUGGCUGGGCCAAGCAACACAACUGCUUUGUUUUGCUCUCCCGGUGGAGGGCGGAUGUUUCUGUCUCCACAAACGCAAGCCUUACUUUCAGGCACAGCAAUGACUGCUCUUCAAAACACACAGCAGCAGCAGCAGCAACAACAGCAGCAAGUGUUGUCUACCUCUCCGGUAGUGAAGUCCAUUAAUAUGGUGGUGCCACAGAACGCACCCAAGACAGUACCCAUUACUAUGGCUAUGCCCAGGUUGCCCCACACUCAGCAAGGACAGAAGGUUCUUUUCCCGCCUGGGGUCCAGGUCAACCUCCCAGGCGAAAAGGCCCUGCGUCAACCCAUUCUUGUUACUCCAGGUCUUCAGCUGAAUCAGUCUUUGGCUUCUCAAUCUGUGCGUCUCAUUCCCACAGGCAACCAAGUCAACGGCGUUCCAACGUACACUUUAGCACCUAUGCAGGUCACAAUGCCUGUUCAGGGUGGUCCUGCUCAAAUGGUUUUGAACACUUCCCACAUCAGCCAGCCUCUGAAUUCAGCAGUAGUGCCUGCUGGUCUUAUGCCUGCUGUUCAGAGGGCAAUAAACAGGAAUUCUGCCCCAAACGAGUUGGCUGUGCUCGCUCCAUUUUUGAAAAAAUACGACAAUCACACGGUCAGAUGUCUGAGGUGCAAAAUUUUACUGAAAGAGCAGGGGAUUUUCCAGCACUUGUUACACGGCUUGAAAUGUCUGUUCUGCCCUCAGAUGUUCUAUUCGUUCAAACAGGUAAUGGAGCACACAAAUAAAGAUCACAGUCUCAAAAUCAAGGAGAAUCGCAAUCGCAUAAAAGAGCAGUUUGGUCUUGAUUGUGACGAUGAGGGCAACCUGAUGUUCACUACCUUUAAUCUAAACACAGAUGUGCCCAAGGAUCUGCUUGAUAACAGAGAGCUCAACCUGGCAUUGAUCACAGGCUCGCAGGAGAAAAUCUACAUUAAAAUGUAUCCAGAUAAGGCAGAAUACUCCGCCACAUUGAAGGCUAUGGCUACUGACUGUCCAUUCUGUCAGGCGGAGUUCAAGUCGUCGCCUGAUGACUACGAGCGGCAUCUUCAAACGAAACACCACGUCGUUCCCACCAUUCACGCAAUACUGAAAACCCCUGCUUUCAAAUGCAUAUACUGUUUCGGAGUGUACACCGAAAAGUCGACACCAAAAACUAUUUCCAUUCACGUGCAGCGGUGUCGUUGUGCUCCCAAAGCAGUCAAAGAAGCUGAGAGGCAACUGAAUCCAGAUGUGAUGGAACGCAUUGAUGGGGAUUUAUUUAAUUCUAUUAAAACCGAGAAUUCUCCAGAACCUGUUACGGAGGAUAAAGUGGAUUGUGUCAAGCCAAAGAGAGUGUUUGUUUCAGAAAAGACCAGGAGGAGGAGAGCUACCAAAGUUAUCAAGUCAGAAGACCCUCCAGCUACAAUUGAACUCGUCUUGAACCCUACAGGGAUGGAAUUUACGUCUUUCGAAGACCGAAAAGAAUUCCUUUCCAGAUACUUCCACCGAAAGCCAUACUUGUCAAAGACUGAAAUGGAAAUGCUUGCUUCACGUUUGUGGAUAAACAAGGCUGAUGUAAAGGCUCACUUUAAUACCAAGCUUACGAAGUGCUUAAAAGCAAUCCAGAAGAAAAAGACUCGGGUACUUCUUGGGUUUAAAAUGAAUGACGUGAACCGGAUGCAACAUAAUCUGUUCAUUCCGGUGGUACAACCUAAGAAAAGAAUCAGUCAAACUCAACAGGGUUUAUUAGAUGACAGUGUAUGUAUACAGCAUGUUCAGACUCUGAUGUAAACCAUUGCAAGGUAUAAUAGUUUGGAUAUACACAUGAUUUGAGGUGUUUUCUGAAAAGUAAAACUAACCAAAUCCACCCUAUUUUAUUUGAAUUUGUGUUGUAUAUAGUUUAUGGAAUAAUUAUGUUAAUACUGUAAAAAAAAUACAGAUCUUUACUGUAAGAUAAAAACACUCAAUCUAACAUAUUUUAUAUUUUAGUCACAUCUGUUUUUGCGUUGUUUUGUUUUUGGAAGGUUGUACUAUAUAUUUGGGAAAUUACGUAGUUAAAUAGCUCUUCAUCUUACAUUUUAUAUCACAAUUGUACAAAGUGAAGACGUGGUUAACCUACUACUCACUGGCAAAAGUCAAGAAUUUAAAAUCUGUAUCACUGAGAGGGACACUUUUAGUAUAUUAUGUUCGGUUUUUCCACUGUUUAUCAUUACAGACGUGAAAAGAAGUGCCUCCGUGUCCUCUUCAAGGUUUUAAGUUGUAUUUGCAUCCCGGAAUAAACGUCACUUAAUGUCA